AUGGUGAACGUGAAGUUUGCUUUGGUCUCCCUUACUUUCUUUGUACUUCUUGAAGCUUAUAAUGCUAGACAUUUACAUGGAGUAUUCAUGAAAGAAAGCUUUCAUCUACGGCCAAUGUCUCAUCUGGCCAUAAUUCAAAUGGUAACUGGAGAAGAAACUCUACAGUUACCACAAUCUUCUCCAUGGUCAUCGUCAAACGACCAAACUACUUAUGGUCGAAUUAUCCCACCAGCGCCACUGCUACCAAAAAUGCCGCCUCCAAAGGGCCAAGAAACUUACCGCCGAGUUAACUCACCACCACCACCAUCACCAGAUGGAGCACUAUCAGAGGGCCAAGAAACUUACGAUCGAGUUAAGCUAUCAUCAUCACCACCAUUACCAAAUGGAGCACCUUCAAAGGGCCAAGAAACUAACCUCCGAGUUGUAUCACCACCACCGCCACCACCAGAAGGUGAACUGCCCAAGGGCCAAGAAACUUACGGCCAAGUUAACCCAUCAUCACCACCACCACUACCAAAUGGAGCACCUUCAAAGGGCCAAGAAACUUACCUCCGAGUAGUAUCACCAUCACCACCACCACCAGAUGGUGAACCGUCAGAGGGCCAGGAAACUUACGGCCGAAUUAACCCAUCACCACCACCACUAACAAAUGGAGCACCUUCAAAGAGCCAAGAAACUUACCUGCGAGUUGAAUCACCACCACCACCAUCACCAGAUGGAGAACUGCCAUCAUCACCGGUAAAUGGCCAAGAAACUUACGGCCAAGUUAACCCAUCAGCAGCACCACCACCACCAAAUGGAGCACCUUCAAAGGGCCAAGAAACUUACCUGCGAGUUGAAUCACCACCACCACCAUCACCAGAUGGAGAACCGUCAUCAUCACCUCCAGAGGGCCUAGAAACUUACGGCCGAGUUAACCCAUCACCACCUCCACCACCAAAUGAUGCACCGCCAGAGUGUCAAACAUUUUACCAAGGAGAUAAAAUGAACAUAAACAAUGAAAGCUAUGACGCAACUUUAGAAGAACUAGAAGUGUCACCAAAACACGAUAGUUCAAUGGGACAGACCAAACGCGGUCAAGAUGACCCUAGAGCCAUACCAAAUCCGGACCGAAAUGAUUCACAAGUACCGGACAUGUAUGAUCGAGUUAACCCGAGUGCACUAGCUAUUACAAAACCAACACACCCGUUGCUAAGUGAUGGUGGAAGUGCAUGGACCGGAUUAUCAGCACUAACCAUUGAUUCUAGAAUAGUAUCAAAUGAAGAUCGAUGGUAUUUCAUUGCCUUUUACCGGAUGUCAUCUUAUGUCACUAGAGUAAUUGAAUAUUGGGGAUGAUGUAUAAACACAUGUCUGGCUCUUCCUUUUUUGUUCGUCGUAUUUUUGUUCAGGUUAUACUUGUAUCGCUUUGCUAUAUUUUGGUUUUCUGUAUUCGAUGUUUGUUGUUGGCUUAACAAAAGGUUUGUAAUCAACUUUCAUGUCAUUGUUUCUAAGCA